CCGUGCAGACACAUGAGAAGUCCCCAAGGAGGGAAGGUGAAGCUGUGUCCCUGUCACAAGACUGAGAAGAUAUGAAAUUCCCCCUGCUCCUGCCCCUUCUCCUGCUGGGGACAGUUUCUGCUCUUUAUCCGGAGAACGAUGCCGCCCAUCUGGGCAGCAGAGAGACACAGGCUGACCUGAGCCAGGAUCUGGAAGGUUCAGGGGAACAGGAGGGAGAGCUGGCCCUGAAUUAUGGAGUGCUUGAGUCAGAGGAAGAGGAGGCUGUGGCUUCCAGCUAUCAAAAUGCGUUUGAGGAUGAGGAAGCCAUGGAGUCAGACCCAGCUGCCCUAGACAAGGAUUUGCAGUGCCCUAAGGAAGAGGACACAAUUCAACUUCCAGGCAGUCCUGGGUGCAAGACCUGCCGCUUCCUGUUGGUGCAGACCCCGAAGAAGUUUAGGAACGCUCAGAAUACAUGCAGGAGGUGCUACCGAGGCAACCUCGUCUCCAUCCACAACUACAAUUUCAACUAUCGCAUCCAGUCCUGGGUCAGUAGGAUCAACCAAGCACAGGUCUGGAUUGGAGGCUUCAUCAAGGGCUGGGGCAACAAAUUUCACUGGAUGGAUGGCAGUUGCUGGAAUUUUGGAUACUGGGCCCCAGGGCAACCUGGGUAUGGGAGAGGCCGCUGUGUGGCCCUGUCCACCAGAGGGGGUCACUGGCGACGAGCUCAAUGCCGAAGACGUCUGCCCUUCGUCUGUUCCUUCUAAGCCAGAGGCACGGAGAUCCUCCCUUCACGCCCUCCUGGUGGCCUCUGUCCUACCCUUGGGACUUGUCCCCAGCCUCUCCGGAUCAUAAAGCCAGA